AGCACUUUUAAUGUUAGCAAGUGAGAGGACUAGUCCACAUACAUAAAAAGGAGUUUCUGCAGUCUCAGUGCUUCCGUCUUUUCUCCACCUUCUCGGCAUCUUAUGUAAUUUUUGGUCGGGGCACCAGAAAAGGUAAGGGACUGAAUCAGGACAUAUAUUUUACUUUCACGUUUGCACUACCAAUUUGAUUCCUACUGUCUACUGAUAUGCCAUUUUAUAGAUUAUUAUUAAUAAUCUUCAGUAGUACGAGUAAGUUGUCACAAAGAGUAGCAAAGGAAAUAAUUUAUUAUGUUGAUAGCAUAUUAGCAUUUACUUUUUUGCCCCCCUUGCAUGAAUGACCGCCGUCACUUCUGGUCAGUGAGUAGCAUUGCAGGGCUAUAUAAUCAGACAGUUAAUGAGCGUAUCCGUCAUCUUGUAGCGGCAAUCUUACAAUGUGGGUGCAGGAGUGGAAGCCGGUGAUGGGAAUGCUGGCCUUCGACCUCAUCUCUGCUGUGAUGACGGCGCUGGUGAAGAAGGCUCUGGAGCAAGGUCUGAACCGCCUGGUCCUCGUCACCCUCCGGCAGCUGGUCGCAACCAUCUUCCUUGCCCCGAUAGCCUUUUUCAAAGAACGGAGCACGAGGCCCAAGCUCACAUUGGAGAUCCUGGCGUACCUCUUCUUCAGCGCCGUGUUUGGCGCGGCGCUCUCGCAGUACACCUUCUUCUACGGCCUGCAGUACACCACCGCCACCUUCGCCAUAACCUUCAUCAACCUCUCCCCUGUGCUCACCUUCCUCAUCGCCGUCGUGAUGAGGAUGGAACCGCUGAAGUUGAAGAGCAUGGCGGGAGCCGCAAAGAUCACCGGAACACUCACGUCGCUGGCCGGCUUGCUGCUGCUGAGUCUCUACAAGGGAGUGCCGCUGACGCACCAGGCCGCCGCUGCACCUAGCCCAGCUGCUUCUCACCAUGCAGCACCCUCUGACAGCAGUGGCAACAGGAGCUGGAUGCUGGGAACCAUGGCGUUGCUGUUCAACUGCCUGUGCUUCUCCUUCUGGCUGCUGCUGCAGACAAAGCUGACCAAGAAGUACCCAGCCAUCUAUUCAAGCACCGCCAUCAUGUUCUUCAUCAGCACGCUGCAGGGCGGGGCGGUGACGUUGGCGAUGGAGAGACACGUGUCGUCGUGGAUGCUGACCAGCAAGCUGGAGAUCGUUACCGUCUUGUAUGCAGGGAUAGUCGGAUCUGGAGCCGGGUACCUGAUAAUGACGUGGUGCGUCGAGAAGAAGGGCCCGGUCUUCACCGCAGCCUUCAUCCCCAUGAUGCAGAUCAUGGUAGCCAUCAUCGAUUUCUUCUUCCUCCAUGAACAAAUCUACCUUGGAAGCGUGCUAGGAUCUGUACUGAUGAUACUGGGGCUCUAUCUUGUGCUGUGGGGAAAGAAGAGGGAUGAAGCAGCUACUACCACUAACAAGCAAGUCGGCGAACAAGCUGACGACAAGCCGUGAAACUCUAGAGAUUAUACACCCUUGGAUUCGGUCAUCGCAAUGCAACACAUAAUAUGUAGUUUUUCUUCCCAUUUUACUUGACUGCUGGAUGCAGCUAGCUACAUACUCCCUCCGUCCCAAAAUAUAAGAACGCUUUUAACACUACACUAGUGUCAAAAACGUUCUUAUAUUUUGGGACGGAGGGGGUAUGUUAUAUAUAAGGUUGUUCCUAGCUGGUACUGUUGACAUAUGUCCAUGCUACUGAAAUAGUGGGAUUUAGUAAAUGAGCAGAGAGCUCAUUUAGCAUGCAGCUGCCAAUGCUCUUCGGUAGCUGCAUAUGGGAAAAUUAUAUGCGAUCACGGGUCGAAUGGUACUUCUUCCUUCUCAAGAACUUUGUUAUUUU